CGCGCGAACACCUGCGUCCCUCGGAGCCCCUCAGCUGCACACCGCGCACGGCACUCGCGCGACCUGCACCCUCGGACGAACUGACAGCGACAUGGCGCCCCUCUGGAACCUCGCCUCUGUGCUCGUGCUCGCCCUCGCGGCGGCGCUCGCGGACGCCAAGACGGCGGACGGGAGGCUGCACGGGAACAUCGCGCGCCGCCCGAGCGUGCCCACCGUGCCCGCGCCCGUCGACGGGCCCGUCACGAGCCGGAACGGGACCGCGCUCCCGCCGUACAACCAGACGUACCUCUUCGACCAGCUGAUCGACCACACGAACCCGUCGCUCGGCACGUUCAAGCAGCGCUUCUGGACGACGGCGGAGUGGUUUGAGAAGGGUGGACCCGUUGUGCUCUUCACACCCGGAGAGGCGAACGCGCAGCCGUACAGCGGGUAUCUCACGAACCGCACUAUCAACGGGCAGAUCGCGCAGGAGCUGGGCGGGGUGACCAUCGUGCUCGAGCACCGCUACUACGGGCUCUCGAACCCGUUCCCCGACCUGUCGGUGAAGAGCCUCAAGUUCCACACGAUCCAGCAGGCGAUCGACGACCUCGAGUACUUUGCGAAGACGGUCGACCUGCCCAUGGCGGGCGGCGACGCGCUCAAGCCCGGGCAGGCGCCGUGGAUUCUGAUCGGCGGCAGCUACUCUGGCGCGCUCACGAGCUUCACGGUGGUCAACAAGCCGAACCUGUUCCAAGCUGCUUAUGCGUCGUCCGCGGUCGUCGAGAGCAUCACCGACUACUGGGGCUACUUUGAGCCCAUCCGGCAGUUCAUGCCGCAAAACUGCUCCGCGGACGUCGAGGCUGUCAUUGCGCACAUCGACCAGGUGUUCACAUCGAAAAACACGAAGGAGAUUGACAGCAUCAAGGCGCUCUUCAACAUGUCCGCGUUGACCCACCUGGACGACGUCGCUGGCGCCCUGCGUAACAACCUUUGGGACUGGCAGUCACUCUCGCCCUCUUCCGGUUACGGAGCCUUCCACGCUUUCUGCGACGCACUCGAGGUCAAGAACGGUGUUAGCGCGGGCCCGAAGGGCUGGGGUGUCGCUCAUGCUCUCCCUGCAUGGGCCGCACACUGGACCGGCGGCUACUACGCCGAUCUCUGCGGUGACCAGGAUGUCGUCUCUUGCCUAGGAACGUACAACGCUACCCAGGAAUUCUGGACCGAUACGUCUAUCGACAACGCAGGCCGCUCCUGGACGUGGAUUGUCUGCAACGAAGUCGGGUUCUACCAGGAAGGUGCUCCAAUCAACCACCCGACCCUUGUUACCCGCCUUGUGCAACCGGCAUACGACGAACGCCAGUGCACGUACUGGUUCCCUGAGGCGUUCCCCAUCGGGACUCUGCCGGUUCCCAGGGUGGACCAGACGAACAAGGCUUACCACGGCUGGUUCGUCAACGAGAACCACCUCUUCUUCGCCAACGGCCACCGUGACCCGUGGAGAGAGGCGACGCUCGCCGCAGAUGGGACGAACUUCCGCAGCACGCCCGGACAGCCGCUCGCGAUCUCGGACGGGUUCCACUGCUCCGACCUGAGCACGACGAACGGCAACGUCGACGCGACGGUGCUGGCUGUGCAGCAGCAGGCACUCAAGGCGAUUGCUGGGUGGAUUGCGGAGUGGAAGCCGACGAAGCACUGAGGCUAAGCUCCGUGCAUACAUACAUGCCGCAGCCGCGGCCGAAGGCCCAAUGCUUCGCUAUGAACGUCAUUACGGAACUUGGAUAGCUGUACUAUACCGCUGUGCCUAUAGAACGCGACCCAACGAGAGCUGUCCUCGACUGGCAUUGAGCC